AGUUCAGAGAUCGCUAUGGUGAUUUGGCAGAGAGGGAUGGAAGCCGAGAGUGCUCAUCAAUACACGUUUCCAGUGAAGUUGAAGGGUAUACAAAAUAUAUUAGAAAUCCCUCAAAUUCAUUAGCUGAUAAGAUUUCGGCUUUGGAUGAACAAUUCAUUUUUCCUUGAAGCUUUGUCAACUAUUUAAUCAGAUGUUUCGUGCUCAUCAUUAAGCAAGCAAUGUCUCUAAUUUAUUCGAAUCCCUGACAUCAGAGAGAUAUCACAGAGAGUAAAAUUACAUUCUCAACAAUGCCUGGCUGUGCCGCUAUUGGAUGUAAUAAUCGUAGCGAAAAGGGUUACACUAUGAAGUGUUUCCCUCGCGACCCGAUUUUGCGACAAAUAUGGAAAGAUCGCGUCGGCAGGGCGGAUUGGGAACCUUCCAACAAUUCUUUCCUCUGUCACUCGCACUUUGCAGCCAACCAAUGGAUGGUUACACAGUGUGGUAGACUUAAAUUAAGAAAGGGGGCGUUACCAUCCAUAUUUAGGGUGGUAACUAACCGCAAAUCGCCAAAUAAACGCAGAAGAUUAUGCGCCGAUGGGGAGAGUGAAGAUGACGAAUGUGGAAUAGAAAUCUUGGACGAUGAUGAUGAUGAUGAUGAGGAUGAUGAUGAGCAAGAUAACUUUGUCUACAUGGAAUCGCCCGGAGAAGUCCAAGACUUUGAAGAUGAAUCUGUCGUCUACCUCGAUUCCCAAAACUCGUCAAUUUUACAGAACAUAACGGGAAAGGAAGGACUCUCUGCAAAUAAUGUGUACCAAAUUAUCACAACCGGACCUCUUAGCAACCUGCAGCAUGAAAAUGUAAUCAUGAUAUCCGACGAAAACGACCAAGAGAUUGGAUCAUUCAUUAAUGAUGGUAACAACUACAUCAUAAUAAAUAACGAGAAUGAAGACACUACGAAUCAUCUUCAACCUAUUGAAAUCUUAACCAAUCAGAUGCCAAUAAAUUCUAGAAUAAAAGUUGAAGUCAAGGAUGAGAUGGAUGAUCGUGCUACGACCGACGAUAUUUACAAUGAAGUCGAAAGCAACAUGGAACGAAUUUAUGAGGGAAUCAACUCUGACGAUGAGUCCUCGAAACAAAAAAAAUCAACCUUGAGGGUGUAUAAAAAUAAAUCGCUAGGUAAGAUUCGAAAAAUGGAGAACACGAAAGAAUUGAACAGUGAAUCCAGCUGGCAAAAGAAUGAUGCUAUUUUAAAUGGUCAGCUGAUCCCGAAUGAUACGAUAGCUUGUUUGGAGAACAGCGAUGAUAACAGCAAAUCGUCUCUUAUCAAUCCUAGUUUUAAAAAUGGAGAUUUCUUGAUAGAAGAUACAGACGAGGAUGUUCUAGGCGCUAAAAAUACCGAUCAAGUCUCAGAUUUGAAAGCUGCAUUACAGCGCAAGAAGAAGGUUAGAGAAGAUACUAUGAAGUCGAUCGAGAGGAUUAUUUCUGAUAAUGGAUCAUUCAACAAGAGUCCAAGUGGUUCAGAGAGCGAUUUUUCAGAUGCCAACUCGAAUAGUUUAAAUCAGGGAAAAGAAAAUCUCAGCUCGAAACGAUCCUUGGAUUGCAGUUUAGAAGAAAAUCAGAAUCAGCGCCAAGAUUACGGAGAUUCUUGCAUCACCUCAAUUGUGAGAGUAGAAAGUAGCUUACCAAAAAUUAUCAAAACAGAGAGAAUGAGUGAUGCUGGCACGGAGGACAUUCAUUCGGACGAUCUGGGGAAAUACAGUAAUAAAUUAGAAUUGAAGCAAGAAAGAAUGGCAUUAUCCUCGGAAUCUGAUUUGAUUGAAGUUGACUUUCAAGAUGAAAAUCAGGUAGGAGCGCAAGAUCAUCAUGAGAAUCAAGAUCGAGAAUAUCAAGAUGAUGAGAUUCAAGAAAUUCCUCAAGAUGAGGUUAAUUGUCAAGGUACUUCUAAACGUGGUAUAAAAAGAACUCGAUUAUCCGAUGAUGACUGCAGUGUCAUUUCGACGGACAUCUAUCGUGAUUUGAAGCUGAAGGUCGAGCAACAAGAAGGAGUCAUUUCACAACUGACCGAGCACCUAUCUGCCUACAAAGGAAUGGAAAUGAAGGUGACUGAAGUGAGCGAUGCACUGAAAGUGAAGAAUCGAGAAAUCUCGAUUCUAUCGGCGAAGUUAAAUCGGAAAGAAAGUACACAAGGGCGUGGCAGACGAAAUGUUGUCACGAUGCAGGAAUUAAUUAAAGACUUGACGAACAAAGUUAAGGCUGUUGAGGAUGUUAACCGGAGGUUGUCGCGUUCAUUGUCAGUGGAGCAUCAGAACAAGAAAAAUUUAGAGUAUCAGGUGAGGAACAGAGAGAGGGCGAUAAAGGAAUUGAACUGGAAAGUGGGCAAAGCGUCGAAAUUGCUCGAGCGAGCUGAAAGAAACGCGACAACUUAUAAGAGGAGGAUGAACAAUAUGCGAGCACUUGUAAGACGGAGACACUUUCAGCUCGAGGAUGAGCGACAAACGCCAUUUGAUAUUUUGUUCUCGGAUUACGCGAGACACGAAUUUACGGCGGAGUCUUUGACAAUGGCGCUGGAAAUUAGAAGAGUGUGUGGUAGUGAUGGAUACGAGAAAUUGUUAGAGUUUAAUUUUCCUUUGCCGUCUCAAAGAACUCUGCGAAGGAAGCACCAAAAGGAUUCGGUUUUCACGAACGGAUCUAACGAGACGACAGAUUCGUUAGAUAUUAGCAUUGUGGAGGCGAAAAAUGUAGACAAAAGUAAUUUUAAAACUGUUCCGUGUGGUAUUUAUGAAAAGAAUUCGCGAGAUUCGAGUGUUACCGUGACCGGAACUGUACAAGAUAUUUUCAAUGAAAAUGAUAGCGAACAAAUAAAUGAAAAUGAGGUGUAUAGUGAAAACGAAUUGAUAGAGCACCUAUUCAAAUUUACGAAUGGAUCAUUAUAGGGAUCUGAGGUGAUUUCUAGCUUUGUAAAUAGUUCAUUACAGAUUUGUACAAAUGUCAAGACUUCUGAAUCUUUUAAAUAAAUAAUUUAAAGGAUUCAA